AUGUUUUCAAAAACAUUUACCCUCACCCUUCUAAUUUGCCUACUCGUGGACGUGACCACGGGAUGUGGAUUGUUCGGAGGAGGAGGUGGAGGAGGCGGAUGUUGCUGUCAAAGUGGAUGUGGAAGGAAGAAGAGAAGUGCGGAGGAGCCCGAGUUUCGCGGAAUUUCCAGUAAAGACGAGGACAUGUUGUGCAACAGUCCCGAAUUGAAAAGUUUAAUUGUGGAGGUAUGAUUAGAGAAGACUUCCGAAGAUUCCAAAUAAGAAAAUACUUUAGAACCUUCGUUCAAGCCCCCAAGCUUCCAGUAAAGCACUCCAAGUUGCUCUAGAGGGGUAUGAUUCCCACAGAUACGUGGUCGUUUGUUCGGAGGUAAAUGCCUGUCAAUAUGUUCAUAAACAAUGUAAUCCUAUUGCAGAACCCGUUCCAUUACUCCGUGAAACACGAUUCGGCCUACUGUGGCGCUCGUAAUGGAUCCCAUUAUUGCCAAGCAUUCGCCAUCUAA